AUGGGGAGCUCACAGCAAGCUGGAUGGUGCAAGAAACCCACAUCACCCACAAACGCAAGAGCUACUUUGAAAGUUGCCAGGAAGACCACGUACACCAUUGUUCUGCUCACCAUCACUGCGGUCACAGAAGCUACAGGGAACAACAGAGUGUCAGCGACAGUAGGUAACAACUCUGUGCUCUCCUGCCCGCCCCCAUCCAACGCAACUAUGGUAACAUGGAAAAUAAGCCCAAAGGUUGGAGGCCCCUGUGCCUUGGGAUACAGGGCUGAUCAGAACAAGACGGACAGAACAAACUGCAGCGACAGCAUGAACUGGAAAUUCAGACCAGAUCGGGACCCUGCCCUUGAGAUACGGCGAGUGGGAAUAGCCCAUGAGGGAAAUUACACCUGCGAAGUGGUAGCGACAGAAGGGAAUUUCCACAAGACGUACGACCUGACCGUGCUGGUGCCCCCCAGGCUGACCCUGUACUGUGAUGACCGCGGGAACCCUGUGUGCGAGGCAGCGGCAGGGAAGCCGGCUGCUCAGAUCUCUUGGGUCCGAGAGAGCAACUCCACCCCCAAGGAAGAAGGCCAUGACAACGGGACAGUGACUGUUCUCAGCAAGUUCACAGCAUACAGCACCAAUGUGACUAAUACAACCUGCAUUGCGUCCCACCCAGCUGGGAACCAGAGCAAGUCCAUAGCCUGUUAUCCCUCAGAGAAUGGUACAUGGUUUCUCCACUGUGUCAUCAGCCUUGCUAGUCUCCUGGGACUCCUCAUCCUGCUUGCUGUUCAUCUCUACACCUUCUGUGAUAGCAGGAAUAACCCCAAGCACCAGUACAGGCUGGGAGCCCACCAGCUGGAAAGCAGCUCUAGAGAGGACCUUGGGAUCCUGGUGGACCCCAAGCUGACCAUGACCCAGCAAUGCACCCACAGGACAAAGGUGGCCAACAGCAUCCGGGGCUGCAUUAGGAAGAACAUUGCCAAAAGGUCGAGGGAGGUGAUUUACUCAG